UUGAAUUUCUUUGGAAUGCAGACAAGACAGUUACAAAAUGUGCUCUUUGCUCCGCCAUUUUCAUUUUUGAGCUCCAACCUCAUACCACACGCUUAAAUUUUGACUUCGGAAUCCCCAACUGUCCGAAAGCGUCCCUCCAGAAUUCCAAAGCAAUAAUUUGCAUCUCAACUGCUUGGCUUGCACACUUGGAGCUCCAUCCCCGUCUUCUUCCACUCUAUAAAUACCUCCAAUUCCAGAAAGCGAUACGCAGUCGCAUUGUCAUAAUGUUGACCUUCUUAGCUCUAGCAGUUGCCCUGGCCUUAGGGGUGGCAGGCAGCAGCACUCCGAUCACUGACAAGGACCUCGCGUCCGAGGAGAACCUCUGGGACCUGUACGAGCGGUGGCGAAGCCACCACACGGUGGCCCGGGACCUCGAGGACAAGCAAAGGAGGUUCAAUGUGUUCAAGGAGAAUGCUAAGUACAUCCACGAGAUCAACAAGAUGGACAGGCCUUAUAAACUGACGCUGAACAAGUUUGGGGACUUGACGAGAGAGGAAUUCCGGAGCACCUUCGCCGGGUCUAAGAUCGACCACCACCGAAUGUUCCGGGGUAGUCGACAGGGGAAGUUCAUGUACGAGAACGCCGACGUCCCUCCCUCGAUCGACUGGAGGCAGAGGGGCGCAGUCACUCAAGUCAAGAACCAACUCCAGUGCGGGAGUUGCUGGGCUUUCUCGGCCGUCGCCGCCGUCGAGGGAAUACACCAGAUCGCAACCAAGCAUCUCGUGUCGUUGUCGGAGCAAGAGCUGAUCGACUGCGACACCAAAUACGAUGAAGGAUGCAACGGAGGUCUCAUGGAGCAUGCGUUCGAGUUUAUCCACGAGAAAGGCUUAACGACUGAAGAAGCCUACCCCUACGUGGGCAAAGAUGGCCGAGCGUGUAACGUCGAGAAACAUUCUCAAGUGGUUGCGAUCAGUGGCUACGAGGUUGUUCCUAGCAGCGAGACGUCUCUAAUGAAGGCAGUGUCUCGUCAACCUGUGUCGGUUGCUAUCGAAGCGAGUAGCCGAGACUUCAUAUUCUACUCUGAGGGCGUGUACGACGGGGAGUGUGGCACGUAUUUAGAUCAUGGAGUUGCAGCUGUAGGGUACGGGGAGACGAAGGAGGGGCAGCAAUACUGGAUCGUCAAAAACUCAUGGGGGCCGGGGUGGGGGGAGAAGGGUUACGUAAGGAUGGCGAUCAAUUCCACGAAAUAUCCUUUUGGGAUUUGUGGAAUUGAGAUGAUGGCAUCCUACCCCGUUAUGAUAUCUCCCUUAGUUCACCAGGAGUUGCCGCUGAAGGAUGAGCUUUAGGGCGAUUUGCUGCUGAAU